UCCUGCCUUCCUGCCGUCUAUAAAGCCCCCGCGCUUCCGGCGCCUGCCCCUCGCUGCUCCCCAUCUUUGCCCACCAGACCUCCAAGCUCCGAGCCCACCUGCUCCCUGCCUGGAUCUCUUCUGCCAGUCGCUGCGUCAUUCAGCCCAGUCGCUGCGUCAUUCGGUCCAGUCCCGUUCCAAGCCUUACCUUUGUCGCUCAAGCCUUCCUGUCGCCAAGACCCCGUCCUCCGUGACCCCCCCCUCCAUCGUCGUUCUCACCGUCCCGUGUCUCUGCAAAUCUCCUCGCCAACAAUGUCCUUUGGUCUCGAUCUCGAUUGGUGCGCCUGCGGCAAGCACACCCAGGAGGGCCAGCUCUACUGCUCCCUGGCCUGCCGCGACCGCGAGUGGGCCUGCGCUUCGAGCUCGCCCGUCGUUCCCAGCGUCACCCUGUCGCCGUCCUUCCGCUCCCAGCAAUUCUAUGGCAAGCCCUCGCAUGAGUUUUCGCUCGGUGCCCCCGCCCACUCGUUGUCUGUGUCGCCGACCCUCAGCUGGUCACCGUCAAGCUACAUGGCCUCGAGCACCUCGCCUCAUCCGUCUGCAGACCCCAAGCCCGCACUGCCUGGUAUCCCCGAGACUCCUCAAGCCCGUCUCGGUCACAAGUCACUCUGUCCCAUUGAGCGCCUCAUUGCUCCCUCCCUUCCGCUGUCCUCCCACAAGCACCCCAUCCUCGUCGAUAUGAGUCACGAUUUCGGUCUUGAUCUGGACUGGUGCCAUUGCGGGAAAAAGACCUUCCAGGGAAGCCUGUAUUGCUCAGCCCGAUGUCGCGAUCUGGACCAUAACGACGCUCUCUCGCAGUCGCUCGUCUUCCAGCCCAUCAGCCCCAGCUCACCCAUCGUCGCCUCGGGAUCGUCCUUCUCCGUCUCGCUCAAGCCCACCACCCGCCCCAACCGCAGUGCUUCCGGUUCCUCCGUCGGCUCGGUCUACUCGACCAACUCAAUGCACUCUGAGCCCCAGCGCCAUCUGCUGGCCUUUGGCUCCGAGUCCUACUCAAGUCGAUCGAGUCCGGGCCACCCGCUGCGAUCCACCUUUGAUCCGAGUCCGGUUGACUAUACCCUCGCCGAUUACAGCCAAUACCGCAAGCGAUCGCACAGCUCGAAUCUGGGCAACUUUUCCCGCAACUACGCCCUGCUUUGA